AUGAAAGAUAAAAACAAUAUUAAAUUAGAUAUUACAUCACUCAUUGGUGGUGGAGGAGGAGAAGAAGGAGAAAGUAGUAGUAGUAGCAGUAGUAGUAGUAAUAAUAAUAGUGUAAAUUCAUCAAUAAGCACAAUAGAUACAAUUAAAAUAGGAUCCCAUAGAGAUAUUAAAGGAGAUGAAUUAUUUAACCUAUUAGAGAUAUCAAGAGUACCAAGAGAAGAUGAUAUAUUUGUUAAAGAAUUUGGAUUAAAAUCAAUUGGUACUAUUGGUGGUAUAUGUUUAUUAAUUGGCAAUAUAACUGGCCCGGGGAUGGUUAAUAUAUCUUAUGAAUUUCAGCAAGGUGGAUGGAUUCUAACUACAUUGGGUUAUAUUUUAAUGCUAACUCUAAGCAGUUUAGCUGGCCUAUUUAUAAUAGAAUCCAUGUCAACGAUACCAGGUAAUAGCAGAUUCCAACUACGUGUAGAGUUUACAAUGAUAUGCAGGUUUUAUUUUGGGAAAUGGGGUUAUAUAUUAUCACAGUUUUUUAUAAAUGCAAGUUUACAAAUUACAAAUAUAGCGUCAAUUAUUAUAUGUUCGCAAGUUAUGGAUAGUAUUAUUAUAUUUAUAUUUAAAAAAACAUGUGGCGUUUCAUUCUCCGAAGGUUGGGUAUGUGUUUCCCAUGAAAAUGCAAAUACAUCACCUUUUUCUGGAACUAUGUUUUUCACAAUCGGUUAUCUAUCAAUUAUUGCAGUCAUUGUCCCGCUAGGAUUUAUGAAUUUAAACGACAAUAUUAAAAUUCAAACAGCAUGUGUAAUAAUUAUGUUUAUAAUUGUUACUAGUUGGUUAAUAAUAUUCAUUUUACUAGGCUUAGACGCAUCAAAUUUACCUCCAAUAGGCUCUAUUAAUGGUAUAUCACAAAUACUGGGUAAUUCAAUGUUUAAUUAUGCAUUUAUUACCACUGUACCAUCAUGGGUAAAUGAAUCCAAACCUAAUGUAAAUUUAAAAAAGAGUAUAUGGGUAUCAUCAUCGAUUUCAACAUGUAUUUUUAUAUUAAUAGGUGUGUUUGGUGGAUUAGCAUUUUCAAACAUGUCAUCAACAUCAGAUAUAUUAAGUUUAAUCAAUGCCAGUAGCAAAAGCAAUAUAUUUUCCAAAUUUUCAGUUUACUUUUUCCCAUUUAUAGUUUUAGCAAGUAGUAUCCCAGUGUUUUCAAUUAUUGUUCGUUACAAUUUGACCCAAAAUCGACUCAUGCACCCUAGAUAUGCAAAUUUUAUAGCAAUUCUUUUACCAUGGAUCAUUGUGAUUCCAUUUCAAACUGGUGAUUGGUUGAAUAAAAUAUCAAAUUACUCAUCACUUUUUUUUAAUUCAGUCGCAAAUUUUAUAAUACCAUUUGCCCUAUAUUUAAAAUCAAUUCAAUUCAAGCACAGAAAUCAUAUUUCUAAUGAUCAAAAACUAAUACUUCAAGAACUAAGUUUUGAAACGAUAGAUUGGGCCGAAAAUGAUUUCAUCCAAACUCAUUUCAAAUCUUUAACACAUGUUCCAAAAAAAUAUUCAAAAAGAAUUGCCCAAAUUUCAUUAAUAAUUUUAUCCAUUACCAUACCAAUUGUAAUAAUUACAAAUUUUUAUUUUAAUAAUUAA